UUUUCAAGAUGGUUCCAGAGUUGAAAACCUGCUUCUAGCGUUGGUACCUUAUGCUUGAUAACGUUGUACCACAACUCUGCUUUUAGCUCGCUGUAGGUUGCAGCAAGCAACAGUUGAUUGUGUGAUUGGAGAUCCUUCGUUCAACAAGAACAACGAAGCAGCUGACAACCAAGAAAUUCAAAUUCCAUGAGAAACCCGAAUUCGUGGACGUAUAAGGACAAACAAAUUACUGAACUUUCUGGAACCCAUCAACAAAUUCAUGGUUUCGUGGACGAAGACCCAGACUAUGAAUCUGAAGAUUCUCUCUUCGAGGCAUUUCAGCGCAAACGCAAACCUACCAGAGUCGGCAUCGGUGAUAGGAGUUUUACCGGCCAAGUAGAUUUGAUAUCUGAGAUUGAUCGAAGAAUCAAGGAACAUUUUCAUCAUUUGCUACAUGCAGUGGAAGGCCUGAGUGCACGAGUGACUCAGUUAGAGAGUAGAAUGCAUCACAUGGAGAAUUCUGUUGAUUAUUUGAAGGAAUCAAUCGCAAAUAGUCAUGGUAGGACUGAUGGAAAGCUUAGGGAGGUAGAAAAUAUUCUGAGAGAGGUACAAGAUUGUAUCAAGUAUGUGAGAGAUAAACAAGAGAUAGCGGAGGCUCAGGCACAGCUUGCAAAGCUUCAGUUGUCCAAGAGUGAUACACAGUCAAGAAAGCAGGACAGUACUGCUCAAACUGAUUCAACAAAAGAAGAAUCAUCAUUUGUCCCUCAGCAAUCCCACCAAUUACUUCCAAAUCAAGUUGCUUGUCCACAACAGCAAGCUCAUCUCCCUUCUAAUAUUACUCAGAGCCUACAUAAUCAGAGUCCUCUGCAGUCUCCUGCAGCAAUGGCUCCUCAGCUUCUCAACCAAAUACCCCAUAACAUUGUCCCCUCCAUUCCACAACCUCAGUCUUGCAGCCUCUCACCUGUGGUGGCUCAAGAAACCACACAUCAGAAGUACCUUAUACCUUCCACUCAGCAGUCAUGGCCACUACCUUCAGCAUUUUAUCAACCUAAUGAGUCAACACCUCCAGCAACUACACAUCAGCAGUACCUUGUAGCUUCAACUCAGCAGUCACAGCCACCACCUUCAGGAUUGUAUCAACCUAACGAGUCAACACCUCCAGCAACCACUCAUCACCCGUACCUUGUAACUGCAAAUUUGCAGUCACAGCUAUCAUCUGCAGCACUGCAUCAGCCUUAUCAACCUACACCUCAACUUCCAACAAUCUCACAGUCCGCCCAACCACCUCAACUUCCAACAACCUCACAGUCAGCCCAACUGCCUCAACACCACUCACCUGUCAAUGCAGGUUAUUUUCAAAACCUUCUUCCUGUGAGCCAUCAGCCUGAAGAAGUUCCUUACCUGUCAUCUCAAAGCAUCCAUAAAUCCUCUCAGUCACCUGGUGGGUUUCCCCCAACCCAGCAGUUUUAUGUUGGUUCUACCCAGCAGAUCCCUGAUCAAUCCACAAGCAGCCAUUAUUUGGAGUUACCUUCUGGGUAUUCAAAACGACCAGAGCAGUCUAAUCCCGGCAACUUUUUUCCAUAUGAUGAACCUUCUUUCGGUUCUAGCCUUUCAAAUAUGAAACCCUUGCAAUCUGCAUCUUCACCUUCAUUCCUAGGUGGUGGAAGCAGUUCCUCACAGUUGCCAACAGCCAAAAUAUUACCAGACGCACUUCCAGUUGCCUCUAUUGUGGAUGGUGGAUCUACUUCCGGUGGGAACACGAACAGGGUUCUGGUUGAUGAUGUUGUUGAGAAGGUUGUUGCAAUGGGGUUCCGAAGAGACUUGGUGAGAGCUACAGUGAGGAACCUGACAGAAAACAGGCAGUCAGUGGACCUUAAUGUGGUCCUGGACAAGCUUAUGAGUAGCAGGUAAGUUCGGCUUGGAGAAUGUUGGUUUAGCUGGUGUAUUGUGUAUUACCUUGGUGCUUAUGUUUUCUGUAUAGAACUUUGAAUUACUUGUCUGUUUGUGCAUUCUACAGUUGAUAGGAUCCUUAAUGUUGCUUCACUGGUUUGUUGUGCGAACUAGUCGUAAUUGGCACAACAUUUCUUAAUUUGAUUGUGAAUGUAUAUGGUGUUUGAUGUAUCUAUAUAGUUUCUUGCUUCUUAUUCUCUGUAAACUUCAACUUUUGAGUGGUUUGGUAUGCUGCCUAAAUAAAAAUGAUUGAGUUCACCAUUUUCUUAA